GCUGCAAGAAAGGCGCCUGUCUGGCUCUGCCCUCCGCUCCAAUUUUCCGAUCUGCACCCCCUUGACGCCCUCUAGCUUGUAUGAGUGCCUACCUCCCCUCCCCGUCCUUGCCUGAACCCAGUCCGAGAUGGCCUAGGUGAUCGCCUGCAGAAGCGCCCCCCAGCAUCUUUUCGACAGCGUUUGUCCGUCGACCACUUCUGCGCGGCAGACCCCGCCCGCAGCGGCCACAACGCCCUCGUCCCAACCGACUCGUCCUCAGCUCCAGCCAGGCUCGAAGCGCAAGUCCUCUCCAUUGCAUCCUUUCACGCUUCCAGGGCCUGUCAUGAAGACGGCCAAACCUGCCGCGCCCGCCGCCGCGACCGCGGCCGAGUCGUCCUCGAGCCGCCGCUCCCAGCCCGUCCGCCAGACGCGUGUCCACGGAUCGCGGGCGGGUGCCGCUGGCCGCACGCUCGCCCACCGGGAGAAUGCCGCCAACGCCGCCCUCAGUCGCGAGCAGCCCAUCGACAUCUUCCCCGGCAUCGUCCACUUUGCCGACGCCAUCACCGCCCUACCCAAGGAGCUAGUCCGCCAUUUCACACUGCUGAGAGAGGUCGAUGCUAAGGUCCACGCACCUCAACACACGCUGUUCAAGCUCGUCGACAAUGCUCUCAACAUCCCCGUCUCCGACCCGUCGCGACCUGAUGCCCCCGCCGCCAGCGGCAGCGCCGCCCCGGAGUCGGUCCCCAUGAGCGCCCAGAACAGUACCAAUGGUGCCGUCGCACCGCCCGGCAACCCGAUCGCCCUUGCCCUCGCCGCACCCUCUGUCGAGGGCUCUUCCCACGCCGCGGCGCACGACCCCAACGUCCUGGCUCGUCGUCGGGCUUACCGCGAAGCCGCAAAUAAGGUCUCGGAGAUGCUUGUAUCGCUCGAGGAGAAAAAUCAUGUCAUCUCUACGGCCAACGAGGCACUACAUAAGCAACUCCGCCGCAUCGACUCCAUCUGGCCACACCUCCUAGAAGAGUUUAGCGACGAGGCCAAGUGGGGGAGCAGCACACACUGGGCAUACCCCGAGAACAGGGUCAGCCGAGGGCUGACCAAUGCCCAGGCUGAGCGCUCCAGGCGAGAAGGGGCGGCGAGCUUGUCUGCGGCUGCGCAACAUAUUGCCGAAGAGGUUGCUGCUAGGAGCGAUGCCCGCAAACAAGCUGUGGCUGCUAAAAAGGACAAGAGCAGGACAGUCGCGCAGCAGCAACAGCAGCAACAGCAGCAACAGCAGCCACAACAACAGCCACAACAGCAACAACAGCAGCAACAGCAACAGCAACAGCAGCAACAGCAGCAACAACAGCAGCAACAGCAGCCGCCGCAACCAGCGUUUAUUGCUACUCCGGUUCAAGAAUCGGACGCGGAUGAUCACGACGCGAAAAUGCAUAAAGCGGAGACGGGAGCGAAUAAGAAGACUGCGGCUGGCGCGAAGAGUCGGAAACCGGCGGCCAAUGCAAACAUGACCGUGAGCGAGUCUCCAACGCCAAUCGGUCUAGGCAUUGCCAAUGCAACGCCGACCAAUGGGACCCCGGCGCCCAAGAGGCGGAAGGUCGAGAAACCUAGCAAUGCCAAUACUACCACAGCCACUAGUAACGGUGUUCCCAUGGAGCGCGCGAUGAGCAGCGUUUUUGGAAGCAGCAUCACCAAACCCAAGGCAUCGAGCCCUCGCGGAACUCCAGCCCCGGAAAGCCAGGCCAAGAAGCGCAAGGCACUACCGACUGGGGGCAACCAGCCCAAGAAAAGAAACGGUGCCGCAAACUCUCCAUCCAUGGCCUCCUCGCCGGUCGUCGGCGCGUUCCCUGACGCCGUUGUCAAAGUGGUGCGCAACUCGCCUAUCCCGAUUCCGAUUCCCCCCACGCGCGCGCCCACCAUGGCUCGUGGGAAGAGUGCCCAGUCUCAUGGCGACAACGGACGACCGCGGCCUCCAACUGUGGCAGGCAACAACAACCGGCCCAACGGGGCGUUCUCGGCAACACCAGAGACGCCCGUACACACCAACGGCUCGCGGGCGUCGACGGAAACCAGAACGCUGAAGGACGCCCCGGUUCUCGGGGGGUUGACGACGCCCCUGACCAGGGUUGAGCCUCCCAAGCCCGAGCCAGUUGUGCUGGAAUCGACCACUGCCAUACCACCACCAAUAAUACCCCCUCCUUCUGUCAGAAGCCGAAAGAACUCGGUAGCGGCCAAGGUAGAGGAGGUGGCCGAGACCACGCUAGCGAAGAAGGAGACCACGCCCUCCUCUACCCACGGAGGUGCCGGGUCAACAACGUCGAGCUCGGCGGCAACAACGGUCACCACCAAGAGUGGCCGCGCGAGCAAACCGUCGACCCCUGCGCUGGGGAGCUUCCCGGACAGCGCGCGCGCGUUCCGGCCGUCGAGGGCGGCGGAUGUUGUGGGUGUGACCACCCCUGCCGCCACGGCGACGACGACGAGCGUCCCGAUGACAGUCAGGCGGAGCCACAAAAAGGGGGCCUCGGUUGCCCUGGCUGCGGCUCAGGCAGCUGCGGCAGUCGCCCAGGCACAGCACGGCCCCGCGCCAAAUGGUGGGGCGUUCAAGAAGGACGCCGCUGGCGGUGGCAAGGACGACGACGAGGACCCCCUAUAUUGCUAUUGCCAGCAGCCGAGCUACGGGGAGAUGAUUGGAUGCGAUGCCAACGAGGCGUGUCCUUACGAGUGGUUCCAUCUCGACUGCGUUGGCCUCAAGGCAGCGCCCAAAACCAAUGUGAAAUGGUACUGCAAGGAAUGUAAAAAGCGACUCGGCCUCCCGGAGAAAAAGUCGAGCGCCACAGGAUGA